UUUAAAACAGUGGAUAAAGCUACGAUUAGACUUGUCUUUCCUUUGAACGACUGGCUACGAUGGACGGCGGGAAGCCCCGGACAGUGUGCUGCAUCGGCGACGUCCAUGGCUACAUCUCCAAGCUCCAGUCCCUCUGGUCGAACCUCGAAGCUCGGAUCCCCCCAUCCGACUUCGACUCCGCCCUGAUAAUCUUCCUCGGCGACUACUGCGACCGCGGCCCCGACACCCGUCGCGUCAUCGACUUCCUCAUCUCCCUGCCCACCCGGUACCCCCGGCAAAAGCACGUCUUCCUCGCCGGGAACCACGACUUCGCCUUCGCAGCUUUCGUCGGGGCCAUCCCGCCGCCUCCGGACGGUAGCGACUUCCGGGAUGGUUGGAAGGAGUACGAAAUGAGCGAGGAGAGAGAGGGUUGGUACAGAGGCGAGGGAUACGAGAGGAUGCACCUUCAGGGGCGUAGGUGGGCAGGGAAGAUAACGGUGAGGUUUAACACUGUGAAGGGGACGGAGUACAAGGGGUCGAUUUACGAUGCCGGGCCGACGUUCGAGUCCUAUGGGGUUCCUCACGGGUCUGCCGAUUUGGUUCGUGCUGUGCCUGAGGAACACAAGAAGUUUCUGGCUGACCUGGUUUGGGUUCAUGAAGAGGACAAUGUCUGCAUCAAGACUCCUGAUGGUAUAAAAAGCUGUAGAUUGAUUGCUGUUCAUGCAGGUUUACUGAAAGAGAAGAAAGUCGAAGAGCAGCUUAGGUCAUUGAAGGCAAAGGAUACUCAAAUACCAAAAGUGGAAGCUCUCAGUGGCAGGAAAACCGUCUGGGAUAUGCCUGAGGAGCUCACUAACCCUCCGACUAUUGUGGUGAGUGGUCACCAUGGGAAGCUUCACAUAGAUGGCCUUAGGCUGAUCAUUGAUGAAGGAGGGGGGCUAGAGAACAACCCUGUGGCUGCAAUUAUUCUACCCUCAUUGACGAUAGUACGCGAUACUGAUGACUUGGUAAAACAGUAAUAGAUUAGCAUCACUUCAGUUAUUGCAAAUAGUCCUAUAUCUUGCCAUAGUAAGUUGAUGGACUGAUCCAUUUGAUUUUUUCUGACGGAGGUUAGAGCAUAUCUGUGCUGCAAAUAAGUUUCUUUGGGAUAAUACUCCACGGUUCAAAUGAUAAUCUAGAAUGUCCCAAUGGUUAUGGCUCAUUGUCUCCAUAAUGGAAACUGUGUUUUGGUUUAAUGCUACCGCUGCAACAGAUCAGGUUCCAGCCUCUCCGGUGUUUUGACCACAUAAACCAGCUAUUUGUCAAUCUCUAAUCAAAGUCCUUCCUGUCCUGCAUUCAUUCUCUGUCCCUCACCCCAACAAAGCCCCCCAGCCGCACCGCACCCCCACCCUGGGCCACCAAAAAAAAAAAACACUUAAA